AUGAGUAUUGGAGCCCCUAUCAAACUAUUGUACGAAGGCAUAGGCCACGUUGUAACAGUUGAGCUUCAAAAUUCUAACUUAUAUCGCGGAACUCUAACAAAUGUCGAAGAUAAUAUGAACUGCUUGAUGGAAGGUGUAGUUAUGACAAUGAAGGACGGAAGAACGCUAGCACUAGAGCAAGUAUACCUCAGAGGAGCCCAGAUUCAGUUCAUGAUCUUCCCAGAUAUGCUGAGGCAUGCUCCAAUGUUCAAAGGAAACCCCAAGGAUAGGGGAAAACAAGUCCUACCACAGAUGGGAAUGCCAAUGAGACCAGGAAUGCCACCAAACGUUCCAAUGCCAGUAAUGGGUAAAAUGUAA